CCUUUUCUAUCUUACCACUUUAAGCCUUAUAUAUACUAUAGUUACCUCCAAUUCAAAUUACCAUAUCAAAUCAAGAAACUCAAUACACAAAGCUUUUCUUUUCUAGUAACCUUCACAAAUUCUUCUUUCAACACAAGAAAGAUAUAAACAUUAUGGAUAUGGUGAUGAAGUUGGGAGCACAAAGUCCAGUUGUGAUUUUUAGCAGAAGUACUUGUUGCAUGUCUCACACUAUCGAAACAUUAAUCCGAAAUUUCGGAGCAAAUCCUACAAUUUAUGAGCUUGAUAGACUUCAGAAUGGGAAGGAAUUGGAGAGGGCAUUGAUUGAAUUAGGGUGUCAACCAAGUUUUCCUGCUGUUUUCAUUGGAAAUGAAUUGGUUGGUGGUUCUAAUGAGGUCAUGAGUCUCAACAUUAGAGGCAAGCUCAAGCAAUUGCUCAUUAGGGCUAAUGCAAUUUGGGUAUAGUAAUAAUUAUUUUGCUAGCUGAAAAGUCUAGGUCUUGAUGUCAUUUUUGGGCAGUGAUAUUCCUACUAUUGAGUUUUUUCCUUCUUUUUAAUUAUGGCUAAAGAGGCCUUUUAGCCAUAAUGAUCACUUUCUACACUACUAGUUCAUAUCCAUAUGCUAAAGUUCUUGCAAUUUUCAUAUGUGCUCAUGGAAGUAAUAAAUAACACCAACUAUGGGAUGGUUUAAUCAUGCCCUUAAAUAUAUGAUCAUAAAGAAAGAGCUUGGGAAUGUUUAUUUAUGAUCAUAAAGGAAAAGACGGUUAAAGAAGACAAACAGAGAGUCGAAAUAUCCGCCAUCAAUCGGAUAUUACAGCGCGGAUCACGCUCAAUUUGGCUGUAGAUCGUGUUUUCGUGAGAGAAAAGUAAAUAGAGGAUUUUUACCUUAUUUAGACUUGUAUUAGGGUUAAAACUCUUCUAUUAUAUAAAGACGAGAACUCUUUCAUUUUUCGACACUAUUACUGGCAUGCAAAUCAAAGCAAUAAAGUUUAUUUUUGGCUUUUA